CAGAAACCUCUUCCCAUAGGACUUACCACAUAAUAUACAAUUGACUGUUCAUCUUGAUACUGUUUUCAAUUUGUUAUCUCAUUUUUAUUCACCGGGGGUGAUGUCUAAGAAACUGUCCAUCCACAUCCUCUUUUAUCAAACCAAAAUUAAAUUGGCAGAAGUAGUGACAAGAAACAAGGAAGGGUCUCUGGCCAUGGCAGUUUCACACCUGUAGCAUAUCAGGAGCUAUAAACGUCAGCAUCCUAAGCAUCACAUGGUAUCGGGAGCCUAAUAGACUAAAGACACCACAGACUCUAAUGGACAUCCUCAGCUUCAUCACAGGGUGCACACUUGUCUCGCUUGGUCACUGUUGGAUGGUGAAGGUGCCCAAAACUGUGAAGGCAGUAGAUGGCAGCUGUGUAGAAGUGUCCUGUCACACCGCCCCCCACCACAGGGUCAUCUGGUACAAGUAUCAUACCUUUCAAUAUCCCAAGCUUUAUGAUGGCAAGGAACCGGCCAGUGUGGAGGCCAGUUUUAGAGGGCGUACAUCAGUGCCAGGCAAUGCAUCAGAGGGUGACUGUACACUGAGGGUUGAGAGUGUGACAUGGACAGACAAUAACCUCCAGCUCUACGUGUGGAUCAACCCUGAUGAGUCAGCUACACAUAAGUUCCAUCAUCAGAUCGUAACAAUUACAAUUGAAAAUAGAAAAGCUCCCGCGUUAUCCAUGCAGAAUGCAAUGGUGGAUGGAGACCUAUUCCAGGCCAACUGUAGUGUCUGGCAUUCCUGCCCAUCCUCUCCUCCAUCCCUUCGCUGGAGUCGUUUGCCUGUAAAUUAUACAGCGGUGACUUCAAUGGAGGAAAAGGGAGGGCUGUGGGUGUCCACUGAGACAAUACAAGGAAGAGGAACGUACCAACUGCACAAAAAAGAGAUGAAAUGCACAGCUCAAUUCGCUACAGUCCAAACUGAGAGUGAACCAGUCAUUCUUAACAUCUUAUAUGCCCCUGUAGGUGUGAAGAUGAUGGUGGAUGAACAGCCAGUCAGUGAAGGUCAUAGUGCCACCCUGGAGUGUGUUGCUGACAGCAACCCCCAGCCAGGCCGGUAUGUGUGGAUCAGACGACAGGGAGGCCAAAGCAUCCAAACCAAUUCAACUCAGGGCAAAAUGUCCUAUACCAACAUUAGCAGAGACUCUUCAUUCUCCUGCAUUGUCCAAAACAAUAUUGGAUCAAAUCAGUCAGCCUGGCUGUUUCUGGAUGUCAACUUCCCCCCGGCAAUCCUCUCUGACUCCACUUGCUCCUUGAAGGGUGGGAUUCUGACCUGUGUGUGUAGAGCAGAAGCCCGACCUAAUGCCACUCUGCGCUGGACGAUCAGCGGAAGCAGCACUCUCCCAUCCUCCUUCACUUCCAUCACCGUAUACAGAGAUGAUACAGUGUCAGCAGAACUCACUGGGUCUGUGGAAAGUCGACCAAAUGUCUCCUGCGUAGCCAGUAACUCACUGGCCACUGACAUCCAGCAGCUGCCCCUUGACACAAAAUUCACAGCUGGACAGUGUAAGCAAGCUUUCAGUACAGCAUUUCUGUUCUUAAUCUUCUGA